AUGUGUCAGCAAGGCCCACCCCCACCCCACCCCCAUCCCCACCCCCUUUUGAGUACAGACGGCUCCAGCGCCUGGUCCCCCAAAUCAGCUCCGUCCGCUCCAUCGGCCCUCCCCCUCCCCCUCCCUCUCCCAGAUCUACCUGCUGACAUGAUGUUCGCGUCGGUGCCAGACCUGAGAGCCCAGCUGGCGGCCGUCAUAAACAUUAGCAAGCAGGACCAGCAAGAGGGACACCAACAGCAACACCAGCAGCAACGCCACCAACAUCAUCAACCACAACAACAUGCCCACCAAGGACCUCCUCAUGGCUACAGCGACGUGCACCACUCCAGCAGCGCCUCUCCCCACGACCACGACCACAACAUCGACCCAGCCAUCGGCGGUGGGCCCGGCGGUAUGGGCAUGAGCAUGGGCGCUGGCCGAGAAAUUCGGGAUGCGAACGACAGUGGCGGCGACGACAGCCUGGGCGACGGGCGUAGGGGCGGCAAGCGCGAGCUCUCGCAAUCGAAGCGCGCUGCGCAGAACAGAGCGGCUCAGCGCGCAUUCCGCCAGCGCAAAGAAGGCUAUAUCAAGAAACUCGAAGAGCAAGUCCGCGACCUCCACUCCCUCGAAGAAUCCUUAAAAGUAGUACAGGCAGAGAACUACUCCCUGCGCGAGUACAUCAUCCACCUGCAAUCGCGCCUCAUCGAGUCGCAGGGCGAGUACCCGCAGCCGCCGCCAAACGUGAACCUUCACCACCCACAGCAGCAAGUGGCUCCUCCUCCACUACAACCACUGCGCCACGAGGGCGCGCCCAUGGCCCCCAUGGCCCCCAUGGCGGCGCUACAGGCGAGUGCGGCGCAGGAAAUCGCUGCCGCGAGUCUGCAGAGCCAGAGUGAGAGUUUGAAAUACGAGCACGAACAGGAGCAGGCGGGUCAGAGACCGUACGAGGAUGAUGGGGGCAGUAAUAAAGGGUACAAGCAUAACGUCGAGCAGGCGGCCGAUGACGAGAUGAGGGCGCAAAUGCAGGCCGAUGGGCUGCCGACGAGCAUGGCGAUAUGA